GCAUUUUCUCCGUGUGAUUAUAGGUAUAAACAAGAUGGGAAAGAAGACGAAAUCCUCAGAGUUUGUCUCCUGUGUUUCCUGUUUCUACUGCAGUAAAGUCUCCUUCGAGUCCAAUGAUUCAGCUGCAUAUGCUGCUCAUCUCCGUGCUGCUCAUAAUAUUGUGAAGAAUGUAGAAGCUCUUCUCAGGCUGACAAAACAGCUCCAAGGAGGUGAUAGUAGCGAUGAAGAACAGGGGAAAGCUCAAGAACAGGAGAGUGUUCCUGAUCCAGUUCAGAUCCAAACUGAGAUCCAAGCUGUUCAGCAGGUUCAAGCUGACCAGCAAGUCAAAGCUGUUCUAGCUAUUACCAAACCUAAGGUUGAUGUAGAUAAUGGAGAACUAUUCCAAGAAGUUGGAAAAUCAAAAAAGAAAAAUAAGAGAAGAACUAGUCAGCCUGUAAUAGAUACUAAAGAGGUUGAGAAAAAUGAUACUGAAGAGUCAUUAAAAGAAAGCAAAGCCAAAUCUCCCGAAAGAGAAAUGAAAGAAAAGGAAACCCCGGCCCAAGUGCAUGCCAAGAAAAAUGAAAAACCUUCGAACCUCGAAAUGAAAGAAAAUGUGACAGCGGAUAAUGAAAAGGAUUCUGCAGUAAAAAAAGAAAAGAAAAAGAAGGAAAAAUCACCGAAAAAAGAAACAAAAGAUAAUGUUCUGGAAGUUAAAGAGAAAGAAAAUCCUAAAAAGAAGGAAUCUAAGAAAAAGGAAAUCAAAGAAAUUGAAAAGACAAUUCCUGAAAUAGAACAUCUUCCAAAGAAGGAAACCAAGAAAAAAGAAAAUAAACCAGAAAGGGAAGAAGAGAAAGAUGAAAAUAAUCCUAAAAAUAUCUCCCCUGAACCUGAGAAUAAAGGAGCUGAAAAAAUAGCGGAGUUAACCAAAGCAAAACAGGGGAAAGCUAAAAAUAACAAAAAGAAAGGAAAAAAUGAAAAGCCCGGUAUUCCUCAAGGAGGUGUUUCUGAUAUAGCGUGUGGCGCAGUAUCGGGAAUAGUAGAGAAGGAGGCCAUGAAGGAGGUUGACAAUAUCCUAGAUCAAUGGUUCAAGGGAGGUAGGGAGGAGGUUGAUGAUGAUGAUGACAUUCCUGAUGAUCUUCCUGACAUUGAUGAUGCCCCUGAAAUAAAACCAAAACCACAAUCAAAGUCAAAAUUAGUUCUAAACCCGAACACUGAGUCAAAGCCAAAAGCCGAAACAAAGCCUAAAAUGGCAACUAAAGCAAAGGAAGAACCUGAACCAAUUUUGAUCCCGGAAACUAAAAUUAAAACAGCCAAAAAUCUCGGAAGUAAAAAGGUUGAAUCUCGUAUAGAAGAACUUCCGGAUGAUGUGGAAGUUCUUCCGGAGAUAUCAAAACCAAACCAAACUUCAAACACAGACCGAACUGAUCUGGAUGAGGUGAAUGAUAUCCUUGAUGAAUGGUUUGCCAGUGAAGGGUUGGAUGAAGAUGAGAAUGAUGAGAAAAUUACUGAAAUCACAGAACCUGAACCUGAACCAGUUGUUGAGGAGGAAAUCAUUGAAAAGGAUCAGGUUCCUUGCGGAGAUUGCGUUGUUUGUGGUAGACUGGCUAAAGCAGCAUGCUCGGGGUGUAAACAUGUAUUCUACUGUACAAGAGAACAUCAAAAGAAGGAUUGGACAAGUCACAAGGAUUCCUGCAAGGAAUUCUUCAAACUUCCUUACAGAGUAGAACGAAGUAAAAAGUUAGGAAGGUUUCUUGCAGCCACAAAGGAUUUGGCUGAGGGGGAGCUCAUUUUACAGGAAAGUCCUAUGGUGAUAGGACCAAGGCAGUUAACCAAACCAGUAUGCCUCGGAUGCCAUAAAGAGAUUGCUUCAUCAUCAGAAAUGAUCAAGUGUAUCCGAUGUAACUGGCCAGUAUGUAGCUUGAAGUGCCAGGACAGUCCUCAGCAUGAUCCCGAGUGCAGGGCUACCAAGGCAGCAGGCAGUAAAGUUAACGUUGAGGUUUUCAAUCAGACGAACAUGAUGUAUGCCUGCAUAACUGUUAUCAGAGCUUUAGCUCUACAGGAUGGACCUAAAAAGGUAUGGGAAGACUAUGUAAAGUUUGACUCCCAUCUGGAUGAGAGAAUAAAAACUCCUAUUUAUAAUAAAGUGAACAAGGAAAAGGUUGUCUUCUUCAUGCACCAUUAUCUUGGCAUCAAACGAUAUAGUGAUUUAGAGAUCUUGGAGGCCUCAGGAAAACUGGAUACAAAUUGCUUUGAAAUUAGACAAAAUGGACAGAAUCUUCGAGCCAUGUACCGGACUGCUUGUAUAAUAUCUCAUGAUUGUACACCAAAUACAAGGCACACUUUCUCUCCAGAUAACUCCAUCAAUAUCUACACUACUAGGAAAAUAGAGAAGGGCAGUAUUAUCAGCGCCACAUAUACGAACACACUUUGGCCAACCUUGCAAAGAAGAGAACACCUUAACAUGAGUAAAUGCUUUUGGUGCAGUUGCCGUCGUUGUCGAGAUCCAACUGAGCUAGGUUCCUACCUAUCUGCUAUUAGAUGUUCAAGAUGUCUGGGAUUCAGGGAUAACGUUCAGAAUAAUGAUCUUCAGUACAUCACUCCAACCAAUCCUUUAAACCCAGAGUCUCUUUGGAAAUGCAGUAAGUGCACUAACAUUCAGAAAGCAAGUCAGAUCAAGUCAGGCAAUGCAAGUGUUAGCAAUGAACUGUCUCAAGUAAACAAAGGAAGCUGUGAAGCUCUUCUUAAAUUCCUUCACGCUCAAGAACCGGUUCUUGGUCCAAACAAUCACCACGUGGUCGAGGUUAAGUACACUAUUGUUUCUAUCCUGGGGAACCGGAAACCCUACAUGCUCUCAGACCUCAGCAUGGAGCUACUGCAGAUUAAGGAAAGGUUUUGCCGUGAACUGUUGAAUAUAGCAGAUCUAAUAGAACCCGGAUAUUCAAGAUGGCGGGGUCAGCUAUUGCUUGAACUGCAGAUGGCGAUAGUGGCACUUGCUGCUGGUCAAGCUGAAGCAGGGAUGAUAAGUAAGAGUAAAGCUAAAGAGAAAGCUGAAGAAGGCUUACAAACUCUCACCCUGGCCUCUUCAAUUCUUCAGGUUGAACCUGAAAUGAAGGAAACUUUGAUGGAUAGAAUACAAUCAGUUUCUGAUCUUCUUGCUAGCUGGGAGGAAUAAUCUUCUAACUAGCUGAGAGGAAUAUGCUUCUAACUAGCUGGGAGGAAUAAUCUUCUAGUAAGCUGGGAGGAAUAAUCUUCUAACUAGCUGGGAGGAAUACUCUUCCAGCAAGCUAGCAGGAACUAUCUUCGUUUUUGUUUUUUGAUUUUAUUUUUAUUUAUUAAUGUUAUAUUAAUUUCUUUACUCCUUUUAUUCUAAUAAAUGAUAAAUUAGCAAUGGUUA